AUGCCGCCACAAUUCGACCCCGAGAAGCUAGCGAAGCUCCAGGCCCAGGCCGCUGCUGCACGGAUCGGUGGGAAGGGCACUGUCCGACGAAAAGUUGUGCGAAAAGCGAAGCCCGCGGGGGUGCAGGACGACAAGAAGCUGCAGGGGGCGCUGAAGAAGCUGAACGUACAGCCGAUUCCUGGGGUCGAGGAGGUGAACAUGUUCAGAGAGGAUGGCAAUGUCCUGCAUUUUAGUGCCCCGAAAGUUCACGCCGCCCUCCCCGCCAACACGCUCGCUGUCUACGGCACCGGCCACGUCAAGGAGCUGACCGAGCUUGUCCCCGGCAUCCUCAACCAACUUGGGCCCGAUUCGCUGGCAUCGCUGCGCAAACUGGCCGAGUCAUACCAGGCAAUCCAGGGCCAAACUGGCGCGCGGCCUGCCGCUGAAGAUGACGACGAUGACGACGUCCCCGACCUCGUCGAGAACUUUGAUGUCGAGGAUGCGGCAAAGGCCAGUCUCGACUAG